GUCACUUUGUAAGAACAAAGAAAAAAUGAGUAUCACAUUAAUUGCACCAAACUACAUAAAACUGCUCCAAUUAUUCAUAAAGCGAAACCCUAAUUUUCAAGCUUGCUUCCUUCACACUGCAAUUCAGAAAACCUCUAUUAAUGAACCACUCCAAAAAACCCUUUCAUCAUCAUCUUCAAAUAUUGCUAAAAUUGUUGAUAUCUUGAAAUCGAACGACCAUGAAAGCUGGAAAACAAAUAAACAUCUUUCUGAACUUCUCUUCUUGGGUACGAAUGGUCUUUGCUGUGAUCAUAUUCUCAAAAUUGCUCGUCUUUUGGGUGACUAUUCAUCUGCGCUUAAAUUUGUUGAAUGUCUUAGAACAAUUACUCCUAACCCAGAUGUUAAUUUGCUUUCUUUUGCAUUUCAAGCUGUUUUUGAGCUUGCCUCUAUUAAAUUCAAUUGGAGAGGUAAGCUUUUGGAACUUUAUAACACUUCUAAAGAGUUGAGUGUUCCAUUGAAUGUAAAUUCUGCAAUUCUUCUUAUUCAGUGUUUUGGAGAGGGAAAAAUGAUUGAUAAAGCUGUUAUUUUGUAUAAUGAAUUGGAUUAUGGAAUGAAAAAUACCCAUGUUAGGAAUGUUUUGAUCAAAGGGUUGUUGAGAAAUGGCUUUUUUGGUGAUGCACUCCAAGUGCUCGAUGAAAUGUUCCAACCAAAUGUUGACUGCCCACCAGAUAUAAGUACUGUUGGUCUCGUAUUCCCGGCAUUGUUGGAUGGUAAGACACACGAUAGGAGGGUUUCUGAAGCGGAAAUUUUGGAACUUUUGUUGAAGUUUGGUACACAUGGUGUUUUUCCUGAUUCGAUUAUGCUUACACAAUGGAUUACUAAGCUUUGUAGAAGUAGAAGGGUCGACAUGGCUUGGAAGUUUCUUCAUGUUAUUAUGAAGUUGGAUGGACCUGUUGAGGUUGCCUCUUGCAAUGCCUUGUUGACAGGUUUGGCAAAAGAUAAGCAGUUCAACAAAAUGAAGGUUCUAAUGGAAGAGAUGCAGGAAAAGGGGAUAAAACCUAGUAUUAUAACUCUUGGGAUUAGUAUCAAUCAUCUUUGUAAAUCUUCGAGGAUCGAUGAAGCUAUGAUUUUGUUUGAAAAGAUGAGACGGAGAGAGAUAGGUGGUGCAGUCAUUGAGCCGGAUGUAGUCAUCUAUAACACUCUUGUUGAUGGGCUGUGCAAAGCUGGACGCACCGAGGAAGGGUUGUCUGUGAUGAGAAAUAUGGUAGCGGAGGGCAAAUGUUCUCCAACAAAUGUCACUUAUAAUUGUCUAAUUGAUGGGUUUUGUAAAGAGGGUGAGCUUGGUAAGUCUCUUGAGUUGUUUGAUGAGAUGGAGAAGCAAGGAGUUGAACGAAAUCUCAUUACUAUCAACACUUUAGUUGGUGGUAUGUGCAGACAUGAUAAGACAGGCAACGCUCUUGAGUUCUACCGUAAAAUGCAAGUAAAAGGAUUCAAAGGAAACAAAGUAACAUACACUACAUUAAUAUGUGGUUUUUCUAGUGUAAAUAAUAUCAGAAAAACAAUGGAGUUGUUUGAUGAAAUGAAACGAAUAUGUGCACCGGAUGCCAUUGCUUACUGCGCCCUGAUCUCCGGCUUGUCUCGAGCAGGGCUUAUGGAUGAGGUUGAGUCUAUUUUACUAGAGAUGAGAAGGGCUGGCUUUCGCCCGGAUGUUGUUUGUUAUAAUGUGAUGAUCAAUGGCUUCUGCAAGAAGAAUAAGUUGGAUAAAGCUUAUAAGUUAUUGAACGAAAUGGUGAAAAUUGGAAUUGAAUUUGAUAGUUGCACUUACAAUACCCUUAUAGCAUAUUUCAGCCAAAAGGGGGACUUAAAAGCAGCACAUAGACUACUAAGACAAAUGAUUGAUAAUGAUAUUGUACCUACAGUUUACACUUAUGCAUCACUUAUUCAUGCAUGUUGCAUAGUAGGAGAACUUGAGGAGGCCAUGAAAAUCUUUAGGCAAAUGAGUUCAACCUCCUGGAUUCUACCCGACACUGUGAUAUACAACAUCUUGAUAGAUUGUUUUUGCGAACAUAAGAAGAUAAAGGUAGCUCUCAAUCUUUUUGAAGAUAUGAUAGCCAAGGGUGUAGACCCGGAUUCAAGCACGUUCAAUGCUAUAUUCAAAGGCUUGCGAGAUGAGAAUUGUCUCGAGAAAGGUCUAGAGCUAAUGGAAAAAAUGGUUGAACUGGCUUGUCAGCCUGACUAUAUAACCAUGGAGGUACUCACCGAAUGGCUUAGUGCAGUAGGUGAAGUUGAUAAACUUAGGCAGUUUGUCGAACGAUACAGUCACAGAGCCGACUCUGAUUCAAUCCAUGAACAGCCUUCAAGCUCCACCAUAACUUGAUGUGCACACUUGCAUCUCGGAAUCACAUCUUAAUAGCAGUCAUUUUGUUAGUUAGCUGUCUGAAAGUGAAGGUACAAUGAAUCCAGAGAAAGAGAUGCUGAUGGUUCAGCUGUCGAUACUCGGUUACAUUAAUUAUAAAGUUUUCUAGGAAACACAAGCUUAAGUUUUCACUAGACAAUUCUUGUGUUACUAGAUUGUUAAGUAUAGGGGUCCUCAGCAGAUAACAAGAGGAAGUCAAGAAGAUCAAUAGCACAAACAUCAACAACCUGAACUACCUACAAUACAUCAAGGGAGCAGCAGCUGAUCUUCACCUGUGCAGACCUGGCACUAGUCUUAACAUCAUAUGAAGAUUUCUACAUCAGGAUUAUGUUCUUAGUUGUAGAGUUUGUUAGCUAGCUUAGCCACGUAGGACUUUUGUUUAGGAGUUUAUAAACUUGUUAUUCUGUCCUAACAGAAGUUAGUUAGAGCUGUAACUAGCCUUAGUUACUUCUUAUGUUGUUCUUUAUAUAUACCUCUUGUAAUACCACUUGUAAGUAAUGAAUUGGUGAUAAUAAAAAUUCACUUUCUGUUUCUCUGA